AUGGCAGGAAACCUUCGAGAGGAGGGCAAUGCCUUGUACAAGCAAAGAAAGUUCCUAGAUGCUCUUCCACUCUACUAUCAAGCUGCAAAUACGGACCCAGAAGACUACCGCCCUUACCUCAACCUCAGUGCUGUCCUCUUUGAGCUCGGGAAGUACAAGCAGUCCGUCGAAUAUGGCCAGAAAGCACUCUCUACGAUGAACGAUGAAGUUCGCCAAGGGGUUUCUGGAGAACGUGUCUCCGCUCGCAUUGCCAAAGCUCGUGUGGUGCUAAAAGACGCCGAUAAUUUCUCUACGACCGGCGAAUCUAAGGGUCUCGAUCCAAGACACCUUCCGCGCUACAAACCGACUAUAGGUCGGCACUUGGAAUUUUUUUCCGUGGGCCAUGACACUCCAAUGAGUCUUCUCACUGAAGAUAUGUGCGAAGAAUGCCCCGAUGACGAUCGCCUCGCAUUCUUUUUUGGCGGUAUUGGAGACGCCAGGCACUUUUACUACACGUUAACAUUCUUUGCCGCAUCGGAAUAUAGGAGAAAGACCACACGAAAAAUACACUUCACUCUCAACGACAUUCUUCCGGACGUCUUUGCUCGAGAUCUGGUCUUCUUCAUCCUUCUGGACGAACUCUCCUAUGAAACCCAGAAAGCUCCUACAGACAAAGCUACACAGCUAGAAUUGGACAAGAAAGUAGCUACGCUGUUUUACCUCUAUCUCUGCCCGCUAGUUCCGACCUAUGUCAACGAUGAGCUUCAGCGAGUCAUUCGCAAAACCAUGUCGAUGCUUGAAGGUCGAGGUCAAGAAAGGCUCCCUUCAUGGAUCUACUUCGCGCCAGUCACAUGCAACACUAUUAUUCCACUCUUAAGAUCAUGGCAGUCCGAUGUAUUUGCUCUGCAUUCAACUCGCGAGAUCCAAACGAAGGCCAAGCUCGAGUCACAGAAAUCUCGAAUCAAUAUCGCGUCGCUUGUCGAUCAGAUGGGGAUGGUUGGGUUACAUGACCAACAAGAGACCAACGAAGAGAAAGACUACUUUGCAACUAUCAUGGUCUCUCCACCGCCGAGACUUAUCAAUGCAUUUGAGCAGGAUCUAGGCAAGCUACUCGAUUUGCCUCGCACGGAGUCGAGGCUCAAUAAAAUUGAGCAGUACAUUGGCAAGAACUGGAAAGUCAACGCGACCAUGUUUAACGUUGCCAGCGAGAAGGCUGGAUAUUUCAGUGAUUGUGGAAAUAAUCCGUUUGAAUUCGGAAAAGCUGUCAGCCUAGCAGUUGGUACUGAACAUGGCCCAAAGCAGACUUCGGGAUUAUAUGCUACCGGCUACUUGUUCUUCAGCUCAGUUGCCACGGCGCUGGCUGAAUCAAGAGACCGCAUUUUCGUUGAAACGCAACUUGGCGAUGCAACGAAGUUGCUGGAGGAUACGCGCAUCGGGCUCGUACAGAACCGGGACUCGACAUGGCCUAUUCAGUACGAUCAUGUGCACUUAAGCAACGUCCCCGACUAUGUCGGUGGCCCUGUCGCAUCAUUUUUGUACGGUAUUCCGAUACUCAAGUCAAAGAGUUAUGCCAGGUACUCCUCGACAUGCCUUCGGAAUCCUUCCCAUUUUCCGACGGUCGACCAUUUCAUAAGCGAAUACCUUUGUCUUCAAGAUUCGGAAACGACCAGAAAGAUAUUCCCCUACAAAGAACCAUUUCUCGAGGGUCCAGAGGGUCCAGAAGAUCCAGCGGAUAUCCCAGACCUUUUCUCUCAAUCCGGUUACUGGAGUUGGUCCCGCAUCCGUGACCCACCUCUGAACUUCACAGAACUUCUCAGCCGCAACGAAACCGAAACUUGGCUAUAUCAGCUUUCCCUCAAAACCAUUCUCCCCGUUCCUCGCGAGCGCUACAGCUUCUCCCAAAUCUUCUCGCCGCUAAACCUAACCAUCAUCUUCCGCGUCGCCAUCUACCUGCACCAGACGGGUUACCCGGCCCAUUGGCUCGCCGACGCCUUGGAAAACCUUCUCGCCAACACCGUCACCACCACCGCACGCCCAGCGCGCCGGAGCCCCCUCCGACCCACCGAUCUUCGCAAGCCGGUCCCUGCUAAGCGUCUUACCUUUGCGCCGUUCCUAGCCGAGUUCCGCAGUCUGGCAGCGCAAUGGGCUCCGGUGCUCCCGUUCGGCAUUAGCAGCACACACAUUCCCACGCGUGUCCGUCGCUACACACUGAACGUGUUCCCGCUCAACUCCGAGGAUAAGGAUGGCCACGGCCGCGUGCCCGCAUUUGUAUUGGUUUUCUGGAACCCUGCCCGGUUGGGCCCCGGCCGGAUGAUCUGGAGCAUGGAUUUGCGGAAGGUGCUGUUGCCGGACGAGAAGGGCUCCACGGACCCGAGAGACGUGAGACUGCGGGAGAACGGCCUUGCGAUCCUUGCCGUGUGGGAGUUUGACCCGGCUAACGACGAGGCGCAUUUCUGGAUCGAUGAGGAUGCGAUGGAAAAGUGGAAGCGGGAGGACUGGAUGGUGCAGAUUUGGAGGGAUGAUACGUAUAGGCCGGUUUCGACGCCGCUUCCUGUGAGGCAAGUCCCUAGAGGGUCAGCGAUAGAGGGAUUCAUGACUUCUUUCCCUACCAAUGGGCUUACCGAAGGGGAGUACUGGUCCAUUUGA